GGAACCAAGGCAUGCUCACGCCGAGCCAGGCCGCAGCACGGUGACCGCAGUGCCAGCAGCCAGGCCCGCAGCCGCCUAGACAAAGCUCCCGCCGGCCCCGCCCACCGCAGGUCCCGUAUCCUCAUUGGUUAGCUCUCCUCCCGCCAUUAGGGAGCGGACUGUGCCCUUACGAGUGCUGGUUGGUCUAAUCGUAAUGACGGGGCUGAGUGAAUACCAGAGAAAUUUCCUGUGGAAAAAGUCCUAUUUGUCAGAGUCCUAUAAUCCCUCAGUGGGGCAAAAGUACUCAUGGGCAGGACUUAGAUCGGAUCAGUCGGGGAUCACGAAAGAACCAAGUUUUAUUUCAAAAAGAAGAGUUCCCUACCAUGACCCUCAGAUUUCAAAAUACCUGGAGUGGAAUGGAACUGUUAGAGAAAAAGAUGCGCUUGCCCCACCAGAACCCCAGACCAUUCAAACUCCAAAACCACAAGAGGCAGAGCAAAGAGAAGAUGCCAACCAAGAUACAGCUCUCUCACUAGAGGCUUCCAGGGUUCCCAAGAGAACUCGAUCUCAUUCUGCAGACUCCAGAGCUGAAGGGGCUUCAGACACUGUGGAAAAGCACCAGGAUGUAACGGGAAACCAUGCUCUAGUUAACGCAGAUGUGGAGCUGAGACCUUCUACCAAACCUCUUCCCAAGAGCAUAGAUCCCAGGUUGGAUAGGCAUCUUCGUAAGAAAGCUGGAUUGGCCGUUCCUCCCUCGAAUAAUACCUUGAGAAAUUCUGAAUACCAAAGGCAGUUUGUUUGGAAGACCUGUAAAGAAACUGCUCCAGUGUUUGCAACCAAUCAGGUUUUCCGUAAUAAAAGCCAAGUUAUUCCACAAUUUCAAGGCAAUACAUUCAUCCAUGAAACCGAAUACAAGCGAAAUUUCAAGGGUUUAACUCCAGUGAAGGAACCAAAGUCAAGAGAGUAUUUGAAAGGAGACAGCAGUUUUGAGAUGUUGACUCCAGAAAAGAAGGCAGCCGAGCCUUUAGACUUAGAAGUAGACAUGGUGUCGGAAGACUCAGACCAGCCUGUAAAGAAGCCUGCUCCGUGGAGACACCAACGACUCGGAAAGGUGAAUUCUGAAUAUAGAGCAAAGUUUCUGAGCCCAGCCCAGUAUUUCUAUAAAGCUGGAGCUUGGACCCAUGUGAAGGAGAACCUGUCAAACCAGGGUUCUGUAAAUGCCAUGUGGUAUGCAGAGGUUAAGGAGCUCCGAGAAAAGGCCGAGUCUUACAGGAAGCGAGUUCAGGGAACACAUUUUUCUCGGGACCAUCUGAACCAGAUUAUGUCUGACAGCAACUGCUGCUGGGAUGUGUCCUCCAUCACAAGCUCGGAAGGGACCGUUAGCAGCAACAUCCGAGCACUGGACCUUGCUAGAGAUCUGACAAGCCACCGGACCCCCCAGAAACACCCUCCUACCAAACUAGAAGAAAAAAAAGUUGCCUCUGGAGAGCAGCCCCUGAAAGACACCUCAAAGAGACUGGAGCUGCCAGAGGCCGUCUCAGUCAGGAGGAAGCUGGCCUGGGAUGCUGCAGAGAGCACUAAGGAAGACGCCCAGGAGGAGCCCAGAGCGGAGGAGGAUGGGAGAGAGGAGAGAGGAAAGGGCAAGCAGACGAGUGUGGGAGAGCUGGAGAAACUGGACACACAGACACCUAAGGCAGACAGACCGAAAGAAGGGUCAGAGACAUCUUCUGUUUCCUCAGGGAAUGGAGGCAGGCUUCCCACACCAAGGCUGAGAGAACUCGGUAUCCAGCGGACUCACCAUGAUCUCACGACGCCAGCUGUUGGUGGGGCAGUCUUAGUGUCUCCAUCUAAAGUGAAGCCGCCAGCCUUGGAACAGAGGAGGAGAUCGUUCUCCCAAGAUGGCUUAGAAACUCUGAAGAAAGACAUUACUAAGAAAGAAAAACCCCGUCCUAUGUCUCUCCUGACUUCUCCUACUGCCGGCAUGAAAACAGUUGAUCCCCUGCCUCUGCGAGAAGAUUAUGAAGCCAGUGUGCUCAGAUUUGCUGAGGGUACUCUUCCUGUUUCAAAAGUUUCGGACUGCCAGCCCAGCAGCCCUGGGCAGCCUUCUCCCUGUGCCCUGGCUUACUGCCAUCCCUCCAGCAGGAUCCAGGGGCGCCUGCGAGACCCUGAGUUUCAACACAACAUGGGAAAACCAAGGACGGGCAGUCUCCAGCCACCUCCGCACAAUGCCUUUAAUGAUGAAGAUGCAGAUAGACUGUCUGAGAUCUCUGCUCACUCUGCAGUUUCCAGCCUCCUGGCUUUCCAGACUCUAGCCCGAGCUCAGAGAAGAAAGGAGAAUUUCUGGGGCAAACCAUAAACCUGCUCAUCUUAUCUAGAGACAAGUUGGCUCGUCUCUCCUUACUCGCUGUGUUAAGAUUUUCAGAGGGUUUGGAUUUUCUUCUGACAUUUCCAACUCAGAUAAUUCGAAUUUUCAGUGUCUCGUCUUACCCAGAAAAUUGUAAUGCAACUCCGCCUAAGUUUAAUUCUUUGAGAAUUCCUUUGCACUUGUUUGAGUACAAAGGCAUGAAUUAUGCAGUUCUUCACACACUCUGUCUUUUGUGUCAGGUGUCGGGGUUGCUGGUAGAAACGUGAGGGUCAUCUGUCUACAGAAUAUUCUAAAGGGAUAAAAUGAAGUCAACAUUGAGAUCUUCCAACUUAAUUGCCCCUCAGAUUGGCCUUUGGCAUUUUAGUGCCGUAGGUGUCAUGAGAGGACCCUCCCAGCUGUUGUUAGCACCUCUGCACAGGCGCAGUGCUAAGACGAUCGGACUUUAAAAAUCUAGCUGUACAUACUUUUCUUACUUAUGUAACAAAAUUUGCUGAGAGAAUAUGUAUAUUUUUGAUCUUUUUAUGUAUUUUAUUUGUAUAAUAACUGGCAUACAUUUGAAUAAUGUCUAGAUUUUGAGGAACGACUUGUGAAAUGGUGAAUUAAAACUUUGUAGACAUUUAAAAAUGAAAAUUAAGUGUGCUUAGCUUCUUCAGAAAGUUAUGUGGAAUAAAUAUCUUCUAGAAGCAUUCUAUUAGAGCUGAUUAAUCAAAAAUUAUACUGUGAUUGCAGCUGGUAAAUGCAGUGAAGCCAAGUCUAUUGUAUUUGGGUUUUUGGUUUUGUUUUUUGGGUGUUUUUGCAUAAAUACAAGAUUUUAAAAACAGAUUCAUUAAAAAGUUUUAACACCA